UUGACACUAACUUAUUACGUCGGUUUUUAGAAAAUGCAUGUCUAUAAAAAGGCACUGCAGGCGCUCAUAUAUCCAAUAUCUUCUACGACUCCACAUAAUUUUGUACUUUGGACGGCUACCUCGCCGACUUACUGCUAUGAGUGCGAGGGAUUGCUGUGGGGCAUCGCAAGGCAGGGAGUGCGGUGCACAGAGUGCGGGGUCAAAUGUCACGAGAAGUGUAAAGACUUAUUAAAUGCCGACUGUCUACAGCGUGCCGCUGAGAAGAGCUCCAAGCAUGGUGCCGAGGAUAAAGCCAAUUCAAUAAUUACAGCAAUGAAGGAUCGAAUGAAACAACGCGAGCGGGAAAAACCGGAAAUAUUUGAGUUGAUCAGAGCCGUGUUCAGCAUUGAGGAGAAGAGCCAUACGGGCCAUAUGAAGGCUGUGAAACAGAGCGUCCUCGAUGGAACCAGUAAAUGGUCGGCAAAGAUCGCAAUUACAGGAUGACAUUCGGUGUGGAUCCAGAUACACACAUAGAUUCAUUAGAACAGGCUGAGCACGCAACUGUUGAGGGAACAUCUAAAUGGUCAUGCAAACUAACAAUUACAGGUACACGGGCAAUAUCGAUAUGGUUUUUGCGACUAUGUCUUAUGACUUAUAAACC